AAACCAAAGCAACCAAGAGAAAGAAAAAAUGAAAAUAAUAAUACUGUAACUUGCAGGUGGUUUUUGCAACACUACAUUGCGAAAAAUUGAGAAAGUGGAAUGGAUUUCUUACGGAACUUUCGCAGUAAUUUUACUGCAUGAGAGUUUGAAACCAGUAAUACGUUAUUCAUUUUCCUGAAGGAAUGGCAACUAAGCCAUCCAGCAACAUUUGGAUUCGACGUCAGCAGUGUCCAUGUGGAGACUGGAAGUGUUACAUUAAGUAUGAAGGAGAUGAUCAGUCAUCAGCAAGUUUUGAGCUAGUAAAGACAGAGGGACUGUCAUCCACAUCAUUUCCAGAAGCUGCCUUCACACCUUAUGUGGGUCAGAUAUUCAAAAGUGAUGAUGAGGCUUUUGAAUACUACAGUAAUUUCGCACGGAAGAAUGGAUUUUCGAUCAGAAAAGCACGCUCAACUGAAAGCCAAAAUUUAGGAAUCUACAGGAGAGACUUUGUUUGUUAUCGCUCUGGAUUUAAUCAACCAAGAAAAAAGGCAAAUGUGGAGCAUCCUAGGGAUCGAAAGUCAGUACGAUGUGGAUGCGAUGCAAAGCUGUAUUUGACAAAGGAAAUUGUUGAUGGUGUCACUCAGUGGUAUGUUUCACAAUUUAGUAAUGUUCAUAACCAUGAAUUGUUGGAAGAUGACCAAGUGCGUUUGCUUCCUGCAUAUCGGAAGAUACAGGAGGCUGAUCAAGAAAGGAUUCUCUUACUCUCCAAAGCUGGGUUUCCUGUGAAUCGGAUAGUUAAGGUUUUAGAAGUAGAAAAGGGUGUUCAACCUGGCCAGUUGCCUUUCAUAGAGAAGGAUGUGAGAAACUUUGUUCGGACUUGUAAAAAAACUGUUCAGGAAAAUGAUGCCUUGCUUACGGAGAAAAGGGAGAAUGAUUUACUGGAACUUCUUGAGGUCUGCAAGGCUAUGGCAGCGAGGGAUGUGGAUUUUGUUUAUGACUAUACUACUGAUGAAAAUGAUAAAGUUGAAAAUAUUGCUUGGUCAUACGGAAAUUCUGUUCGUGCAUAUACACUGUUUGGUGAUGUGGUUACAUUUGACUCCACUUAUCGUUCUAUCACCUAUGGACUGCUCCUAGGAGUUUGGUUUGGCAUGGAUAAUCAUGGCAAUGCAAUUUUGUUGGGGUGUGCAUUGCUACAAGAUGAAAAUUUUCAUUCAUUCACAUGGGCAUUACAGACUUUUGUCCGUUUUAUGAGAGGAAGACGUCCACAGACAAUUCUAACUGAUAUCGAUUCUGGGCUGCGGGAGGGUAUUUCAAGGGAACUGCCAAAUACUAAACACGUUAUUUGUAUAUGGCAUAUCCUGUCCAAAUUAUCCAGUUGGUUCUCUCUGCCGCUUGGAUCACAAUUUGAAGAAUUUAAAGCUGAGUUUAAUAUGUUGUGUCACCUGGAGAAUGUAGAAGAUUUUGAACACCAGUGGAAUCUUUUGGUUGCUCGUUUUGGACUUGCUUCAGAUAAGCAUAUAGCUUUACUCUUCUCAUAUAGAGAAUCCUGGCCAUUUUCCUAUAUUAGAGGUUACUUUGUUGCUCGUGCAAUGACUGCAGAGUUUUCUCAAUCUUUGGAUACUUCCUUGAAAAGAAUCUUGAAUGGACAACCAUGUUUGCAAGUUUUCUUUGAGCAGGUUGGUGCUGCUGCCAACUUUGGAAAUUUAACCCGAGAAGGAAUGCAGUAUAUGCAUAUCAAAACCUGCAUGCCUAUUGAAGAGCAUGCACGAAGCAUUCUUACACCAUAUGCCUUCCGCAUAUUACAACAUGAAAUUGUGCUGUCCAUGCAGUAUGCAACAACUGAAAUGGCUAAUGGCUCAUAUCUUGUGCGACACUACAAGAAAAUGGAUGGCGAGUAUCUUGUGAUUUGGAUACCUGAGGGUGAGCAAAUUCAUUGUUCUUGUAAGGAAUUUGAACAUACAGGAAUUCUGUGUAGGCAUUCUCUUCGAGUUGUUGUGGUGAAGAACUGCUUUCAACUCCCAGAAAAAUAUCUUCUCCUUCGUUGGCGACUAGAGAGUUCAUUAGUUCUCAUGGAAGAUCAUCAUGCUCUAGGUAGCAGUGAUCAGUGUGCUGAGGCCUUUCAUUCUCUUGCUGCAUCUCUGUUGACGGAAUCUUUGAUAUCUAAAGAUCGUUUUAGUUAUGUCCAUAGAGAACUUACUGGGCUUCUUGAUCAUGUCAGAAGUAUGCCAUUGAGUGAUGAACCUCCUGUGAAUAUGGCAGCUAACAAUGUCACUAAAUCAUAGGUUUGGCAAAGGAGCAAUUGGUAUACAGAGGUAGCCAAGGCACAUUACAAGAUUAGUAACUACUGAUGUGAAUAAUUUUUCACUUCUACUAUUGGCAAACAAAUAGAGCUGUCAAAUAUAGAUUUUUUGUUGUUCUCCGUAGGCCACCCCUAGAAUUUUGCACAGAUAGGAUUUUUAUGUUUCACGAUUUUCUGUAUUUUCCUUGAUCAUCAGUUGAAUGUUUAAAAGAAAAUGACAGAAACUUGUCUUUGGUUCCUGUAAGAUGUGGUGCAUUUGAUAGAAGGCAUGGUGUUUACUUGAAAAUUUUUCAAGCGUUGCACUGGUCAGAAUCUCAGAUUUUGGGAUGGCAGUGUAUAGAAAAUUUUCUUGUAAAACGUUUCCUUUUGUGUAUAAAUUUUUAUUAGCCAUUAUCAUUUUUGCAACCCAA